AUGGCAUCAAGUUCCGAUCACGACCACCAUCAUCAUGACCUCGAGCACCCACCACCGGACGACUGGAAGAACUCAGGCGUACGAGUCAUACCUUCGGACUCUCUCGAUGGCAACACGCCUCAGACGCCUGGUAUGGAUCGAAAAGCGGCGAUCAACUUCGCCAGAGUCGGCGCCCAGAAACUCUGGGCCGGCACCGUACACAUCCACGCCAACGCCAAAACCGGAGCACAUCAUCAUGGACAUCUCGAAUCGGUCAUCUACGUCUUGAAGGGCAAGGCACGAAUGCGAUGGGGCGAUAAGCUGCAGUUUACCGCAGAGGCUGGACCAGGCGACUUUAUCUACGUUCCCCCAUGGGUGCCGCACCAGGAGAUCAACGCGAGCGAGGACGAGAAGCUGGAGUGUGUUUUGAUGAGGUCGGAUAGCGAGGCUGUGGCUGUCAAUCUGCCGGAUGUGGAACCUAUCGAGGCGCCCGAGACGGUCAAGUGGAUUGAUCCGACGCAUCCUGAGUAG